AUGUCUCUGCGGUACGCACUGCGUUUCCAUCUCAGUCUGCUGACAAUGCACCCAGUGAACGUAACUGCAUCGUUGCUGGUUCUGCUGGCAGCCAAUGGCACCACGUUGCUCGACUGUGUCUGCAACCGCCUUGCAAACGUCAAAGGCCUAAAAGGACUCACUUUCGGUGAAAAAUUGAUACGGUGGGACUACUGUACACAAAGAAGUGAUUAUAGGCUGUACGCAACGUGUGAGAACCUCAGGCCGCCGUCCACCGUGGCGCGAGCCGUUUCACACCUGAGACCGGGCACCUGGAGCUACCAACCACCGCUGUCUGCAGAUGGAGACCCAUGGCUCGCAGACGAGGAGCAGUGCGACGUCGUCAUGGCGGCGAUUCGUGAUCUUUCGCAGAACGAGGCGUGGGAACUCAGUAACCAGCUCGUGUGCCGCAUCGCUGCCGACUGCGUUCAUACCUGCCCUGUACAGUGGUUGAACGACACGGAAUGGAACGCAACAACGCUGGCAGCGGAUCAUGUGAGGCGUCCUAUCCUCUCCCAAUUAGUGCACGCUGUUCGGCGUAUCACAAAAGCUAUACACGCCAGGAAAAAAUGUGAGGACAACAUUGAAGGUUAUUUUCUUAACAGGAGGAUGCAAACAAGUGAAAUCCAGUCCGCGAUGAGGGCCUACAUGGAUCAGAUGUCCAACUCCUGGCGAGAGUAUGUGCAGCUCCUGUCACAUGGCGUGACACACGCCACACAACUGUUCAUUCCCCUCGCAUUUGAAUACAUGGGUAACCACACGAACGAUGAGCAACCCCGUGGAUGGUUUAAGAACAUGGAACGUCUGAGGGACAUGCUGCACACAAAAUUAAGGGGUUGGGUACACGAUAUGACACUCAUCGGCGAGCAGAUAGCGAACUACAAGAUAGAAGAAGACAAGAACAGCACUGUGAACUACAUAAUAAGGCGGCCGCAGUUGAGUGGUGAACUACUAACUCAUCAAGGGUGGUAUCCCUACUUUCGUGACGACUUCAGUAAGAUAUGCGAGGUGCAACAUCCAGAGGCAUCGCAAAUGUUCGGUCUAGCUGACGCACUGUACUCCUUCUAUCAUUCCUACUGGUUCUGCACUCCACAAUAUUUACCUGCUAUAGAAAGAAGCCCCGUAGAUGAGAAGUGGCUGCUGGAGGACAGAAGCAACGCUACCCUCUCUGUGGACACCACCUGCAUGCAGCUGUUGGCGAACUCGCUGGACAACCCCACGUGUCCACUGGAAGAUCUGCCUCCAGAGACCAUUAAGCAACGCGAGCAGUGCCGUGUGCAGCUGUGGGACGACAUGCGAAACAACACUCCCCAUGCUGAAGAACAGAGUAAUGGCAUGGUGGAACCCAGAAAUAAUAAGACCGGGGCAAGAACUUGGUUCUGCAGCUGUGAGAAAUUUGGCAAGGAGGAGAAAUGA